UGACAUGAAAAAUGACUUGCUGAAUUAAUUCCAUUGUGACGUGUGUGUGUGUGUGUGUGUGUGUGUAGGGGGUGUGGCUUUGCCCGCCUAGACCUGUCCUCUUGGCUGCGGUGUUCAUUGCCCGUCUGGAAGUUAAAGAGCAAACAUGAGCGGACGUGUCGGAGAUUUGAGCCUCAAGCAAGGGGAUGCUUUAGCCCAGUUUCGGGUCAGAAUCCAGGACAUCCUUCCAGACCUUCCGGCUGAGCACAACCACUACUUGUUACGCUGGCUCCGAGCGAGAAGCUUCAAUGUUGCCAAAGCUGAAGCCAUGAUCCGGAAGCACAUUGACUUCAGGAGGAAAAUGAAGGUGGACACUAUCAUCUCCGACUGGACGCCGCCUGAGGUGAUCCAGAAGUACGUGUCCGGCGGCAUGUGCGGCUACGACAAGGAGGGAAGUCCGAUCUGGUACGACGUGAUUGGCCCGCUGGACCCCAAAGGUCUCCUGAUGUCGGCCACCAAGCAGGACUUCAUGAGGACCAAGAUCCGGAACAUCGAGAUCCUGCAGAGGGAGUGUCGGCGCCAAUCUAGCAAGUUGAGCAAGAACGUGGAGUCCAUCACCAUCGUCUACGACUGCGAGGGGCUCGGCCUCAAGCACAUGUGGAAGCCCGCCAUCGAGACCUACGGCGAGAUUCUCACCAUGUUUGAGGAGAACUACCCGGAGGGGCUCAAGAAGGUCUUUCUCAUCAAAGCUCCCAUACUGUUUCCGAUGGCGUACAACCUGAUCAAGCACUUCCUGUGCGAGGAGACGAGACGCAAACUCGCCGUUCUCGGAGGUAACUGGCAGGAAGAGCUGCGUAAACACGUAGACGCCGAGCAGCUCCCGGUGGCGUACGGCGGAACCCGGACUGACCCGGACGGAGACCCUCGCUGCAGAACCAUGAUCAACCACGGCGGCACUGUGCCGAGGUCGUACUACGUGCGGGACUCCGUCCAGGUCCGGUACAACACGAGCGUCACCAUCAGCCGCGGCGCCGUCCUACAGCUGGACUAUGACAUCGGCGCCCCCUGCAGCCUGCUGAGGUGGCAGUUCUCCAGCGACGGCGCCGACAUCGGAUUUGGUGUCUAUAAACGCACGGCGGACGGCGGCGAGCAGAAGUUGGCGGCCAUGUUGGAGGUUGUUCCCUGCGAACGCUACAACGCUCACCUGGUGCCCGAGGACAACGCCAUCACCUGCCCCGAACCUGGAGUGUAUGUGUUGUGUUUCGACAACAGCUACAGCAUCAUCCAGUCCAAGACGGUCAGCUACACGGUGGAGGUGCUCCCUCCCGCGCUCUGACCACAACAGGAGAGGCUCUGAUGCAGCCGGACCGGACCGGACCGCGUCAUUGGUCACCAGCGUCAUCAUUCCAUUGUGAACGUGGACGCUUCAUUAGGUGCACCUGCACGGUCUGGAGCAGUGGCUCUUAACCUUGUUGGAGGUACCGAACUCCACCAGUUUCAUAUGCGCAUUCACCCAACACUUCUUUAGUGACAAAUAUAUAUAUAUUUUUUUCAAAUUCAAGACAAAGUUAUAUGUUUUUGGUAACACUUUAUUAUGGGGAACAUAUUGUAAGUAACAAAGACUUAAUUUAGAAUUAUUUGGACACUAGGGGAACAUAUUCUAAGUAACAAAGACUUAAUUUAGAGUUAUUUGGACACUAGGGGAACAUAUUUUAAGUAACAAAAACUUAAUUUAGAGUUAUUUGGACACUAGGGGAACAUAUUCUAAGUAACAAAGACUUAAUUUAGAGUUAUUUGGACACUAGGGGAACACAUUCUAAGUAACAAAGACUUAAUUUAGAAUUAUUUAGACACUAGGGGAACAUAUUCUAAGUAACAAAGACUUAAUUUAGAGUCAUUUGGACACUCGGGGAACACAUUCUAAGUAACAAAGACUUAAUUUAGAGUUAUUUGGACACCCGGGGAACAUAUUCUAAGUAACAAAAACUCAAUUUAGAGUUAUUUAGACACUAGGAGAACAUAUUCUAAGUAACAAAGACUAAAUUUAGAGUUAUUUAGACACUAGGGGAACACAUUCUAAGUAACAAAGACUCAAUUUAGAGUUAUUUGGACACCCGGGGAACAUAUUCUAAGUAACAAAGACUCAAUUUAGAGUUAUUUGGACACUAGGGCAGGGGUCGGCAACCCAAAAUGUUGAAAGAGCCAUAUUGGACCAAAAAUACAAAAACAAAUCUGUCUGGAGCCGCAAAAAAUUAAAUCCAUAUUACAUACAGAUAGUGUGUCAUGAGAUAUACAUUUAAUUAAGAGGACUUAAAGGAAACUAAAUGAGCUCAAAUAUAGCUACAAAUGAGGCAUAAUGAUGCAAUAUGUACAUACAGCUAGCCUAAAUAGCAUGUUAGCAUCGAUUAGCUUGCAGUCAAUAACAUCAACAAAACUCACCUUUGUGCAUUCACACACACGUUUGGAUAAUGGAUACGCGGAAGAAGAUGGAUGGACACAUGUUUGGUGGACAAAAUGAGACAGAAAAAAAAGUGGCAUAAAACACUUCCUAGAAAGUGGAGAAAGUUGUACAUGUAAACAAACUAAGGUGAGUUCAAGGACCGCCAAAAUUAGUAGGACAAAACGGCGCUCGCCAAAUACUCGAAUCAGUGAAGCAUGUUUAACAUAAACAGUGUGCUUUAUAACAAUUAGGAAGGUUUGUGUCAUGUUUCUCCUCCUACAGAAACCAUAUUAACACAAAAAAUAUACUUUUUCCACCUCACCUUUUUCCAUUUUUCAUACAUUUUUGAAAAAGCUCCAGAGAGCCACUAGGGCGGCGCCAAAGAGCCGCAUGCGGCUCUCGAGCCGCAGGUUGCCAACCCCCGCACUAGGGGAACACAUUCUAAGUAACAAAGACUUAAUUUAGAAUUAUUUGGACACUAGGGGAACACAUUCUAAGUAACAAAGACUAAAUUUAGAGUUAUUUAGACACUAGGAGAACAUAUUCUAAGUAACAAAGACUAAAUUUAGAGUUAUUUGGACACUAGGGGAACACAUUCUAAGUAACAAAGACUAAAUUUAGAGUUAUUUGGACACUAGGGGAACACAUUCUAAGUAACAAAGACUUAAUUUAGAGUUAUUUGGACACCCGGGGAACAUAUUCUAAGUAACAAAGACUAAAUUUAGAGUUAUUUGGACACUAGGGGAACAUAUUCUAAGUAACAAAGACUAAAUUUAGAGUUAUUUGGACACUAGGGGAACAUAUUCUAAGUAACAAAGACUAAAUUUAGAGUUAUUUGGACACUAGGGGAACAUAUUCUAAGUAACAAAGACUAAAUUUAGAGUUAUUUGGACACUAGGGGAACAUAUUCUAAGUAACAAAGACUAAAUUUAGAGUCAUUUGGACACUCGGGGAACAUAUUCUAAGUAACAAAGACUCAAUUUAGAGUUAUUUGGACACUAGGGGAACAUAUUUUAAGUAACAAAAACUUAAUUUAGAGUUAUUUGGACACUAGGGGAACAUAUUCUAAGUAACAAAGACUUAAUUUAGAGUUAUUUGGACACUAGGGGAACAUAUUCUAAGUAACAAAGACUCAAUUUAGAGUUAUUUGGACACUAGGGGAACAUAUUUUAAGUAACAAAGACUAAAUUUAGAGUUAUUUGGACACUAGGGGAACAUUCUAAGUAACAAAGACUAAAUUUAGAGUUAUUUGGACACUAGGGGAACAUAUUUUAAGUAACAAAUACUUAAUUUAGAGUUAUUUGGACACCCUGGGAACACAUUCUAAGUAACAAAGACUAAAUUUAGAGUUAUUUGGACACUAGGGGAACAUAUUAUAAGUAACAAAGACUUAAUUUAGAGUUAUUUGGACUCUAGGGGAACAUAUUCUAAGUAACAAAGACUCAAUUUAGAGUUAUUUGGACACUAGGGCAGGGGUCGGCAACCCAAAAUGUUGAAAGAGCCAUAUUGGACCAAAAAUACAAAAACAAAUCUGUCUGGAGCCGCAAACAAUUUAAUCCAUAUUACAUACAGAUAGUGUGUCAUGAGAUAUACAUUUAAUUAAGAGGACUUAAAGGAAACUAAAUGAGCUCAAAUAUAGCUACAAAUGAGGCAUAAUGAUGCAAUAUGUACAUACAGCUAGCCUAAAUAGCAUGUUAGCAUCGAUUAGCUUGCAGUCAAUAACAUCAACAAAACUCACCUUUGUGCAUUCACACACACGUUUGGAUAAUGGAUACGCGGAAGAAGAUGGAUGGACACAUGUUUGGUGGACAAAAUGAGACAGAAAAAAAAGUGGCAUAAAACACUUCCUAGAAAGUGGAGAAAGUUGUACAUGUAAACAAACUAAGGUGAGUUCAAGGACCGCCAAAAUUAGUAGGACAAAACGGCGCUCGCCAAAUACUCGAAUCAGUGAAGCAUGUUUAACAUAAACAGUGUGCUUUAUAACAAUUAGGAAGGUUUGUGUCAUGUUUGUCCUCCUACAGAAACCAUAUUAACACAAAAAAUAUACUUUUUCCACCUCACCUUUUUCCAUUUUUCAUACAUUUUUGAAAAAGCUCCAGAGAGCCACUAGGGCGGCGCCAAAGAGCCGCAUGCGGCUCUCGAGCCGCAGGUUGCCGACCCCCGCACUAGGGGAACACAUUCUAAGUAACAAAGACUCAAUUUAGAGUUAUUUGGACACUAGGGGAACACAUUCUAAGUAACAAAGACUUAAUUUAGAGUUAUUUGGACACUAGGGGAACACAUUCUAAGUAACAAAGACUUAAUUUAGAAUUAUUUGGACACUAGGGGAACAUAUUCUAAGUAACAAAGACUAAAUUUAGAGUUGUUUGGACACUAGGGGAACAUAUUUUAAGUAACAAAGACUAAAUUUAGAGUUAUUUGGACACUAGGGGAACACAUUCUAAGUAACAAAGACUUAAUUUAGAAUUAUUUGGACACUCGGGGAACAUAUUCUAAGUAAUACAGACUUAAUUUAGAGUUAUUUGGUUAGAGUUAGGGUCAGGGUUAGAGGAUUAGGGUUUUUGGUAACACGAGUACGGGGAACAUGUAAGUAACAAAGACUAAAUUUAGAGUUAUUUGGACACUAAGGUAACAUUCUAAGUAACAAAGACUAAAUUUAGAGUUAUUUGGACACUAGGGGAACAUAUUCUAAGUAACAAAGACUUAAUUUAGAGUUAUUUGGACACUAGAGGAACAUAUUCUAAGUAACAAAGACUAAAUUUAGAGUUAUUUGGACACUAGGGGAACAUAUUCUAAGUAACAAAGACUUAAUUUAGAGUUAUUUGGACACUAGGGGAACAUAUUCUAAGUAACAAAGACUACAUUUAGAGUUAUUUGGACACUAGGGGAACAUAUUCUAAGUAACAAAGACUUAAUUUAGAGUUAUUUGGACACAAGGGGAACAUAUUCUAAAUAACAAAGACUUAAUUUAGAGUUAUUUGGACACUAGGGGAACAUAUUCUAAGUAACAAAGACUUAAUUUAGAGUUAUUUGGACACUCGGGGAACAUAUUCUAGGUAACAAAGACUAAAUUUAGAGUUAUUUGGACACUAGGGGAACAUAUUUUAAGUAACAAAUACUUAAUUUAGAGUUAUUUGGACACUAGGGGAACAUAUUCUAAGUAACAAAGACUAAAUUGAGAGUUAUUUGGACACUAGGGGAACACAUUCUAAGUAACAAAGACUUAAUUUAGAGUUAUUUGGACACCCGGGGAACAUAUUCUAAGUAACAAAGACUCAAUUUAGAGUUAUUUGGACACUAGGGCAGGGGUCGGCAACCCAAAAUGUUGAAAGAGCCAUAUUGGACCAAAAAUACAAAAACAAAUCUGUCUGGAGCCGCAAAAAACUAAAUCCAUAUUACAUACAGAUAGUGUGUCAUGAGAUAUACAUUUAAUUAAGAGGACUUAAAGGAAACUAAAUGAGCUCAAAUAUAGCUACAAAUGAGGCAUAAUGAUGCAAUAUGUACAUACAGCUAGCCUAAAUAGCAUGUUAGCAUCGAUUAGCUUGCAGUCAAUAACAUCAACAAAACUCACCUUUGUGCAUUCACACACACGUUUGGAUAAUGGAUAAGCGGAAGAAGAUG